AUGAGCUUGACCUCGAUUAGCGCACGCCUGACCUCGGCGCAGAGUGCGCUUCUGGAGCGUUCCCGUGUAAUUUCGCUGGGAAUGACACCGUCCGCGUCGAGCACGCACAGCUUGAUGCGCACGCUGAGGAACGUGAAGGGGGACCUGGACAAGGUGCCCGAGUCCGAGGACGGAGACGAGCUGCGCGAGCUCGAGACGCGGUACGAUCGCAUCAUCGACAUGCUCGCUGCCGACGAUGAGGGGAGGGAACGCGCCAAGGACCUCAGGCGAGAACGGAGGCGUCCCCCGCCUGUCGCUUCGCCGCAGUAUGGCAAUUCGCGCUCGCCGUCGCCGACUUCGAAGCCUAUCAAGCCGUUCAGGGACGACCCGUCUGACGAUGAGGGCGAGCCGGAGCAGUCGCAUCACGAGAUCCUACAGCAGCAACAGGACAUGAUGGAUGACCAAGACGAGCGACUCAACCUGCUCUCGCAUUCCAUCAACCGCCAGAACCACCUCUCCUUACAAAUCGGUGACGAGCUAGACGUCCAGGCCGAGCUUCUUGAAUCCACAGAUGCGGCCAUGGACAACACUGCCAACCGCCUCAACCGCGCCAGGCGGAGAUUGGACCAUGUCGCCGACAACGCCAAGCAACACGUCGUUCCCUCCCCCUUGCUCGCCAUCGCCGAGCGAGCCGUUCCUGUGUACCUGGGAAAUUCGAAAGAGGAACGUCGGCGGUCAGCUGCCAUGAUUUUUACGUGGUGGGCAGAGCGGUCAGGCUCUUUCGGGACUGGGCAUCUGUACCUGCUCGUCAUCUUGUUCCUUGUCUCCGCGCUGUUAAUGGAGGGCGAGGCGAGCGCUGAAGCGCGCGCUGCGACAAAAGUCUGCUGA